AUGUUGGGUCAGUUACCAAAAUUAGAGCACUUGUCUUUAAGCAACAACAGCUUCAUAGGUUCCAUCCCAAAAUCGCUCUCAAACCUCACAAACCUACAAUUUCUUGACUUAUCUUUCAAUUCUCUAAGUGGAGAAAUUCCAAAAGAGUUUGGGAGACUUCAAAGUCUACAAACUCUAUCUGUUCGAUUCAAUCGUCUAUCCGGUGCUAUACCAUCAGCCAUAUUCAACAUCUCGACCCUUGUAGCUAUAGGAUUGGGACACAAUGAACUGAGUGGAAGUCUUCCAACAGACAUGUGCCAUAAUCUUCCAUUUCUUGCUGAUAUUCGUCUUUCUUACAAUCAGCUGAGUGGCACGAUUCCCUCAAAUCUAUCCCAAUGUUCAGGGCUUGAGGUGUUGAGCCUCUCUUACAACUCUUUUAGUGGGGAGAUACCUUCAGAAAUCGGCUACUUAACAUCUCUUCAGUAUUUAGCUCUUGGUGGUAACAAUUUGAAUGGAAUACUACCGCAUGAGAUUGGCCAUAUUCAGAGUCUGGUUACUUUUGGUGCUGAAAUCAAUCAGAUUGGGGGCUCAAUUGAUUUCAAUAUUUUCAUGAAUAUGUCUUCUUUGCAAACCUUAGCACUAUGGCGUAACAAAUUCACGGGGAACCUUUCAGGGGAUGUCGGGAAUAUUACCAUGCUAACAGGGUUAGACCUCUCGGAAAACCAUUUUACAGGUACAACAGAGUAA